UUGAGUGGUAGACUCAAAGAAGAAAAUGUUUUACUUCAACGAAUACCAAUGAUUUCUACCGAUUUGCCCUUCAACUUCAAACGACCACAAUUUCCUUCCCGUCUUGCCUUUGCAAUCACUAAGCCCCAGAGCAAUCUUUUUAUGUUGUUGGUUUACAUUUAG